AUGCGGGCGCAAGCUGGCGAUGGGAAGCCCGGGCAGGAGGACGCCGCCGCGCGGUCAGGGUAUGACGUGUCGCUGGGCGGAUACAUGAGUCGGGAGUGGUCUGCUCAGUUCCGUGAGGAGGGUCCGGACGUGACGUGGGGCAUGACGGAGCGCGAGCGCGUGUAUUCCACCCUCUUCUUCGUGCCAUGGCAAGUCGAGCGUUUCGUGGACUUCGGCUACCUCCUGUGCCUCGACUCCGUCCUGGCAGUGCUCACGCUCCUCCCGCUGCGCGCCGCGGUCAAGUUCGGCCGCGUCGGGCUCGGCAUCGGCAAGAUGCAGCCCGCGGGAGGGUACGCCGCUGUCGGCACGCGAAGACGUGAGAACUCGAUCGAUUCCCGGAGGUCCGACGAGCCGGCGACGGAGUCAUCGGACGCAGCGCACCCGCCCGAGGUCCUGAUCCGCGGGGAGGACAUCAACGACGUGGCGUGGCUGGUGCUGGUGGCCUGCGGCGCUCUGAUGCUGUGCAAGCUCGACACGGGUGCGAUCUACCACUGGAUCCGGUCGCAGGAGGUGAUCAAGCUGUACGUGGUGUACAACUCGCUGGAGAUCCUGGACCGCAUGCUGUGCUCGUUCGGGUCGGACACGCUCGAGGCCCUAGCGUCGUCGUGUGGGCUGCUGAGCCGCGAGGCGGCGGGGGGGCGGGCGACGCACGCCGCGGUGUUCAGCCUGGCGUCGGACCUGAUGGUGUCGAUCUUCGUGCAGCUGAUGCACGCGGUGGUGCUCAUGUGCCAGGCCAUCACGUUCAGUGUGGCGGUGAACAGCACCAACAACAACCUGCUCGGGCUCCUGGUGUCGAACAACUUCGUCGAGAUCAAGGGCAACAUCUUCAAGAGAAUGGACUUCACCCGCGUACACAUCCUCUCCCUGCAGGACGUCGUCGAGCGCUUCCACAUAUCUUCCGCGCUCUGUUUCGUCCUCGUCGAAUCCAUGAUCCACAUGUCGUCGCCCAUCCCCGCGUACCACACGGUGCGCCAGUGCGCCAUCGUGCUCGUGGCCGAGGUCCUCGUCGACGUCACGAAGCACGCGUUCCUGGGCAAGUACAACGCUCUCCGGCCCGGUAUCUAUUCGGAGUUCCAAAGAGACCUCAGCGUCAAAGCGUUGCAGUAUCACUCAGGCAACGUGCACCGGGCGCUCGGGUUCCACCCGCCCGCCGCCGCCGCGCUCGUCGUGCGGAUCGCGUACGCCGUGUACGUGCACCUCACGGAGUCGGUGCUGGAGCCGGGGCCUGCGGCGUGGCUGCAGCUGGCGGGGUGGGCGGGGGGGGGUUACCUGGCGAUGCUGGGGGGGAAGGUGGUGCUGGGGUUCGUCGUGCGGCGACUCGCGCACUCGUACGUGCAGUACCACAAGGAGCGGAACCCGACGGUUAAGAGAUUGUGA